CAGCCCGUGACUCUCUCCGUGCACUUCUUACAGCCCGUGACUGUCUUUGACUCUCUUUCCCUCUCUCAUUUUCCCGUCACUGCCUGUAACUUUGUGGCUGUGAUCUUUUGCUCCACUGUGACUUUUUUCCCUCUCUCUGCCCGCCCCUUGCUGUCUCUCCUCUCUCGUUGCCUGGCUGCACCUCUCCUUCGCCGCUCCUGGUCCUCUCCCUGUCCCUGACUUUCUCUCUGCUCUAUUCACUGCCUGCACAUAUUAUUCGCCGCCCGCUUCGGCUAUGGAGGAGGUGCCGCAACGGACUGGGAGCAGAGGCCAAGGCCGAGGCCGCGGUCGCCGGGGAGGAGGGAGAGGCCGCGGCGGCGGCCGAGGUUCGCGUGGGACCGGGGACCGACAGCAGCAGCCAGCGGAGCCCGAGCGGCGGACACCGGGCCGCGACUUCCGGGAGGCACGGCCGCCCCGAGGCCGAGGCCUCGCCUCCCGGCCGCCAGAGCAGCAGGUUGAGGAGGACGUGGAAACAAAGGAUGAGUGCAUUCAGCUUAAUGAAUUUUCGAGAAGACAAAUAGUUUCAAACUGGGACAGAUAUAAAACUGAAGAGAAAGAAGGCGAUGAUGUUGAAGAAACUUUGCGAGGUGCUGAUUUCAAUGUGCUGUUAAGUUUUGCAGGUGAUUCAUUUGCACAGUUCCGUUUUGCUGAAGAAAAGGAAUGGGAAUUAGAAGUUUCCACAUGUAAACAGGUAUCACCCCUGUUUAUAGAUUGUCACUCUCUGGCUCAGUCUCUUCAAGAACUGCCACUUCACCUUCAACUGAAUUUGGAACCUGAAUUGGUACAGGUAAAUCCUCCUGCAGAGCUACCACAGAUCAGACUGAAGAGUGUGGAUGAAGAGCACAGUAAAUUUGGUCAAUUUAGAGUACCUACUCCGGCUUCCUCAACGAAUGUGGACACCAUUCCGGUCAACUGCAUGCCCGACCCUCUAACACAAGUAGCUGAUAGUAUUAACCCUGCGCCUGCAUUGCAGGAGCCAGCAGACCAUCUGGAUGAGGAGCUAGAAUUUUUACUUCAAUUGGAAACGCCUGUCAACAAGAAUGAUAUUUCCUUAAAAGGAGCUAAGAAUGUAGAAGUUCUCCAUGAUCCUGAAAUGGUUAAUAAUUUAACUGACUCCUGUGGUGCAGAGGUGAUAGACAAUACAAAUUCACAACCAAGAGUAACAACUAAGAAGGACACCGAGGAGGAGCUUGAAGAUUGGUUAGAUAGCAUGAUCUCAUAAUGUUACCAUGACAGACUUACAAGUGCAUGAAUCCUGACAAAGAGUACUUGACGCCAAACACAACAGCAGCAUUGCAUUUCCUGCACAAAGCAGUUGGGUAAUUGCUUCAAAAGCAUUUAUUUCAACAGUAUGAUAUCAAAGUGGAGUUUAGGAGUUUUACCCUUAGCUAUUGAAAACAUGUUCAAUUCAAUGAAUGGCUUAGAAUUAUAUGUAAAAGGAAACCAUCUAAACAGUUAUGGAAAAGGUAAAAUUCACAAGCUUACUUUGUUAUUUUCUCAAUGAAGGGUUAAGUUACACAUUAAUAAAAUGCCAUUAAGCAAAGAGAUUAAUUUUAAGAGCUUUGAUUGUCUAUGUGUACAUCAGUGCUGGUGUGAUUCACAUUAAUGCAAUUACAGUAGGUUUAAAAAAAAAAUCUUUUCACAGGUUGAUUCAAAAAAGAGAUGUCACAUUCAUAGCCAAAGGAAUACAGUAUUUAUUUUGUGCCUUCAGUGUGCUCCAGUAUCGGUUGUAACAGAAUGAUACACUGUCAUUAUUCUCAGAUUAAACAAAAGCAUAUUCUUCUAAAAAAGAUACUUUACUGAAGUUCAUUGCUUUGUUUCAAAAUUAUGCAUUAAGUUGCAGUUAGCACAUUUGAA